UGACACUGCUUCCGACCCACUGCAAUUGACUCCCGCUUUACGAAAUGGCUCGUCCUACCUCGCUACGAAAUCCCGCACUUGCCACACUGGACAUCCCUCUAUUGGCACUGUGCUGGGAUCUGCAACGGGCGCCGCCAGGAUCAUCCUCAUGGGCCAUGCAGCCUCACUUGAUUCUGGACAGGGCGCAUCAAUGGCCUUCGAAGAUGCCCAAAUGCUCGGCCUGCUGCUCCACCAUUACCUGCCCCACUGCUCAAAGUUAGAUGUGAAUCCCCGGGGGCGGAAUUUGAACCGGUGCUUCACUUUGACCACCUGAUAAGCGCCUGUGCAUUACAUUGCACAUACGACCAUGAUACUCAACGACGAGGGCACUACAUUCGUUGCCAGCAGCGCACUUCUCCCGAUAGAUCUGUCCUGGGAGCAAAUCAAUCACGACGAAGAAGAAUCCGCUGUACGAGCUCAGAUUCAGACUCUAAUUCGCGAUGUUCCUUAUCCUUGGAGAUCCGUGGAGUUGAUAUCACCAUCGGUGGAAAUGAUAGUUAUGGAUGUACUGCAGCGGGGGCUGAAUGAUGCAUCUUACCCCAAUGGAUAUCGUACGACCUACAUAAAAUGUCUUCUAGCCCUGAGCAAGGCCCGGAAUAUUGUACCCUCAUCCUUUUUUUCUCGAGAUGUGACUAGAGAAGGAACAAACCCCGUCGGUGGCGGCGGCUAUGCAGACAUUUGGAAAGGGCAUCUUCAUGAUACUCAAGUCUGCUUGAAGGCCCUUCGGGUAAACCUCCCCGAAAAGACUCGGGCGAAGCUUCUCCGAGACUUUUGCCUGGAAGCUCUUGUAUGGAGGCAACUCCGCCAUCCUAAUAUCCUUCCCUUCUUAGGAGUCAGCAAAGACCUUUUCGCUCCCAGUUAUUGCCUGAUAUCUCCCUGGAUGGUCAAUGGAAAUAUCAUGUUUUACCUCGAAGCCCAUCCUGAUCAUGAUCGCCUUACAUCGCUAAUUCAGGUUGCCGAAGGGAUGAAAUAUCUACAUAAUCAUGAUCCUCCUAUAGUGCACGCCGACAUUCGUGGGGCAAAUAUUCUUGUCACGGAUGAUCGGUGUUGUUGUCUGGCUGAUUUUGACCUUUCACUGUUCGUGGAAUCACAGGCUCUCGAUAACUCUUCUAGGAUAAGCAACGGAAGUAUCCGCUGGCUAGCUCCCGAGUAUAUGGAUUCAACACUAUUUGACCAAUCAUACCUCACCGCUAGGGAUAUCUAUGCCUAUGGAUGCACUGUUAUUGAGAUAUUUACCGGCAAGCCACCUUUUAGUGACAUCAAGAAUGAAGCUGGUGUUGUACACGAGGUCGUGACGAAGCGAAGUCAUCCACCAUGACCACCCUUAAAUGUUUUUCCAGACGAUAAACUAUGGUCACUUGUCACGGCGUGUCUCACAAGUAUUUCAAGUCGGCGUCCGGAC